AUGUUGCUGGAGGAAAGGGAGGACGAGAGGGUGAUAAGGGUGUAUGUGGAUGCUGGGGCAAAAUUGGAAGACGAACGAAUGGGCAUAGGCUGGGCAUACGAACGGGAGGAAAAUGAAUGGGUACAGGGGAACGAAAGAAUCCUCGGACAGAGUAGUGUGAAUGAGGCAGAACUGGUUGCGAUCGAGAGAGUGAUAGGUAUGUGGGAUAUGAAUGAGAGUGUAACUGUGGUAAGCGAUUCUGCUAUGGCUGUGGAACGUUUGAAAGCAGGAAGAACGAGGAAUAAGAGGGUAGCGCGUAUACAGAGGAUGAUAGAGGAGAGGAAAGUGAGAGGAGCAUGGACCUGUUUAAUCUGGAAGCGCGGCCAUGAGAACAACAAUCUUGGUAAUAGAAAAGCGCACGAGGAAGCAACAAAGGGAAUGAGAAAAACGGAGAUUACAUGGGAAGUAGUGAGAAUAGGGAGUAAGAGUGAAGAGAGGAAGAGGAUUAAAGAACAAAUCAGGAUAGAAUGGCAGAGGGAAUGGGACACGGGAGAGACUGGGCGGCUGUUCUACAGAUUCUGCAGGGCAGUCGGGAGUGAAUCAUUGAAUCUGUCGCGGAAGGCCACCCAGCUGCUUACGGGACAUGGUAAUUUUCCGGGAUACCUUGCCAGGUUUAACCUGGGCCCGGAAGUGCCUUGUUUCUGCGGCUACGAUGAGCCCGAAACGGCGGAACAUGUGAUAGAAAGAU